AUGCAGGAAGCCAUGCAGAUCGGCAUAGGUUUAUCGGCCUUCGUAUCUGUUAUGUACCGGGAUAUCACUAAAGUGAUGGCAGCAUCUGUAGUUGACGCCACUACUCUAUACUUCAGCGCGGCUCUGGUCACGAUCAUCAUAUGUGCUGUUUGCUUCUACUCCCUGAUGAGUAUGCCGAUAUCAGCUCAUCUGCAUAACGUUAUUAUACCUGGGGAAGAUGACAAUGAGGACAGUACUGAUGGAGACAUGACUCGGAGUCUGCUGAGUCCACCGUCGAAUGGUAAUCCCCACCGUUCUCUCCAUAUAGUAGAUGUCAUCGGCAAAGUAUGGUUCCACGAGGCCAUUAUCUUCUCCCAGUUGAUGAUCACUCUUACUUGCUAUCCUUCGGUCAUCACGGCCAUCCCGUGCGUUACCUUUACCUCUCUCGACAAAGACCAUUGGUUCCAGACCAUCCUACUUACGGUCUUUACCACUGCAGAUGUCAUCGGGAGAUUCUCGGUUCGUUUUCGAGGGCCACUUGAUCACUCCAAUGUAUGGCUAACCCUCAUAUUCCGUGCCCUUCUUGUUCCUUUCCUCUUUUCUUGUGCAACCGAGGUCAUCUCAAGCGACUGGAUCUCGCUCCCUGUCAUUUUUAUAUUCGGACUGGCCAACGGUUAUUCAGUGAGCCUCACUCUCAUCACUGUGAAUGAGAUACCGGGGCUCACAGCUGACGAGCUGAAGGCUGCUGGCCGCUUCUCUGCGGUUGCUCUUAAUUCAGGUCUCUGCAUAGGAGGAUUCGUCUCGAUGGGAAUAGGCCUAUGGCUGGGUAUAGCGGGUUGAUUUUCAGUGCAUGUAUACGCUCAAUGCUUAUUAGUUUU